AUGCAGGUCGAGCUCUAUUGUAAUGUCGGGGAGUCUCGUAUCUCUCCGAUAUGUAAGCACCGAAGAAUUUGCUAUUCGUAUAGAAUGUUUAGCAAGAUAGCUUGCAUACAUUGUAAAUCGAACAAAAGAAGGUGCGACCGCAAACUUCCCACUUGUACUUUAUGUGCUUCGAAGCAGCGUCAAUGCAACUAUCCUGAGAAAGACCAUAGACGGCCAGCAACUCGCAAAUAUAUCGACACCUUACUCGAUCGUAUAAAUGUCUUAGAGUCCUCCUUAAAGCACCACAAACUCCUCGAAGCAAACUAUCCUACUGCAGAUGAAUUGAAAGCUGAGUCUCAGAUCAAUUCUUUGAAUCAAAUCAGCGCUUCUGUUCCUCACGAUUUGUCCAUACUCCAAUUCUUCGAAGCAAAUGAAGACGAUUAUUCAAAAGGCCGAACGAAUGGUAAUUUUCCACCAUCGACUUCCAUGACUGCAAAUGAAAUAGGGUUGGGGCUUCCCAGAUGGCAAUUAAAUAUAUCUGAUGAUGGAGAAGUUUCCUGUCGCGGACCAUCAAGUUUAAGGUUUGUAUCUAUCUCCAACAAUCAACAAGUAAAGACUUUUCCCGUCACCGUUGCAGUUCCACUUUUUGAUGAAUUUCAUCAAGAAGUCUUCGCUUGGUUCUUUAAGUGCAUCAAUAAUAGCUUGCCUCUAGUUGAUGAGCAUUUAUUCAUGAGUUCUCUAAAUGAAGCAAUAGAUGGAGAUGAGCUUGGUGAGUAUAGUCCAAUGGCGUUGAUAAACACUAUCAUGACGUUCUACUUUCUUUACCAAGGUAAAAAGCAAGAAGCUGCUGACUUCAAAAUCUUGGCUGUGAGACAGUUGGAGAACUUGGCGGAAACCAACCCCAAUUUAAGUACGAUCCAGACAUUAGUAUUAUUGUCCCAGAUAUCGAUGCUCGAUGGCAAUGAAUUUCAGAGCUCCCAAUUCAUUGCAAGAGCAACGGCUGCGUCAUAUCAUUUGGGCCUACACGUUACAGCUGAAAAACUUGUUGCGAGAGGUAAAUUAUCUCCCGAGGAAGCAAGGUUGAGAGAUAAUGUUUUUUGGUCCUGCUUUUUGGUUGAUAGGAUUAGAUGCAUUAUAGUGGGGAUGCAUCCGUAUAUGAAUUGCACAGAUAUUUCAAUAUCUUUGCCUGAGGCUGCAGCAAAUGUUAUUGGAUUCAAUGAGUAUGAAACCUUUAAAGAAUCACUCCUCUUUCACAAUUUGGAGGUUGCAUUGUCCGAGAGAUGUUUUUCGGCUGCUAAUUCGUUCGGUAUUGUAGACAAACCUAUCGAGACAUUGACAUUACAGCAAAAGAUAGCCGUUUCAGAAGCAUCGGUAUCAAUUAACAGGUGGAAGAAAGACAUGAGUUCAGAGGCACGGUUCAUCAACAACAAAUCAAUCAAUGCAAUGCAAUUGCAAGUUUCCAUCCUAACUACCAGCAUAUUGUUUAACAAGACCUUAAUGAAGGAGCCUGUGAUAGGAGAUCACACCCAGGGCGGCCAUAAUUCUGAUCCUCAAAUGAUCGCCUUAAGCUGCUUCCGUUGGGCUCAAGAGAUAAUCAAGCUUUGUAGUGAAUAUGAAUUAAGCGAAACUUUGUUUCUCUACAAGUUCAUUUAUUCCAUUUUCUUGAGCUGUUUCAUUUGCCUUUACAACAUGACUUCACCAAGUCCAAGAAUAAAGAAGGUGUCCACUACCUUUGCAGUCAAAGCGAUCAAACUAUUGAAAGAGUACCAGGUAUAUGCCACUGUUGUUGAUACAUACUUGGCCCAUUUGAACAAAUUUCGUCAGGCAUGGUUCGCAUCUGCGACGGAGUUACAAGAGUAUUUUUAG